GCAGAUUUUGUAUGCGCCUAGAACACGUGCGGAAAACUACCCAUCCACGCAGGGCUUAUCCCACGCUAUUCUGUAAAGUCGCAGAAUUUGCCUAAAAAGGAAACCAGUGUUCUCGCUCUGCCAAGUUUGUUUUCAUGGUUGAAUCCGCCAAAAGCUGACUCGAGGCUUGUGGGACGGGUUUCGGUCCCAACGACCCGCCCUAACAGCUGCAUAUAAGCUAACUAGCCUACAAGGGUCUCAUCAGCUCGAGAUGACGGACCUUGGAAUUGGCCUUGCUGUGCAUUGCUUAUUUAAAUAACGUGCCCAGUAUUUGUCUGCCUUCCCCGGAUCUCGAUUCGCGGUUACGCACCUCUGUCACCUCCUCUCACUAACCAUGGCUCGCCUCGCUGUCGCCGUCACGGCGCUACUUGCUGCGUCUGGUACUGUCGACGCCUCUCCUGCUUCGCUGAGAUGCAAGGCUCACCCGUCAUGCCGCUGGCCGCCACAGCAAGAAUGGGAGCUCUUUAACAAGACCGUUCAGGGCCAUCUUCUUGCGCCUCCUCCUCCUGCUGGCGUCUGCCACACCAACCAAAAGACUUACAACGCCGACCAAUGCGCUGCCGUUACCAAAGAAUGGCCCGACAUGAACUUUCACAUUGAGAACCCCGUCUCUCUCUUCAUGAACCAGUUCAACAACGACACUUGUCUGCCUGACCCCAAGGCUCCUUGCAGCGAUGCUGGUUACCCCAGCCGCGUAGUCGACGCAAGAAGCGUCAAGGACGUUGAGGCCGCUGUUAGAUUUGCUCGCACCAAUGCUCUCCGUCUCAUUGUCAAGUCUACCGGCCACGACUACCAGGGCCGUUCCAGCGCCCCAGGCGCUUUGUCCGUCUGGGUUCACCAUCUCGACUCCAUCAACUACCGCCCUGGCCCUUUCAAACUCUCCGGCUCGGGCCGCUCCAUUGACGGAAACGUUGUUGUUGUUGGCGGUGGUGCCCAGAUGGGUAACAUUGCCAAUGUCCUCAGCAAGGUCAACCAGACAAUUGUUAGCGGUCAGGCUUUGACCGUCUCGGUCGGCGGAUACAUCACCGGCGGUGGCCACUCUGCACUGAGUCCCAAGUUUGGCAUGGCUGCUGACAACGUUGUCGAGAUGCAAGUUGUCUUGCCUACGGGUGAGACCGUCAUGGCCAACCAGGACACGAACAAGGACAUCUACUGGGCUGUUCUCGGUGGCGGCGGCUCAACAUUCGGUGUCGUUACCGAGUACGUCAUCAAGACGCACCCCUCGCCCAAGAUCUUCGGCAUCAGCCUUAUCCUCUUCAUGCUCCAGAAGAACGACACCAUUGCCUCCGAAGUCCUCGGUAGCUUCUCCUCCUUCAUCCCCGACAUGAUGGAUGCCGGUCUCGCCGGCUACAUGGUCCUCGGCGCCGGUCUCGACAGCCCAAGCCCGUACCUCCCUCCUUCUAUAGACGGUUUCGAGGGACAGCUAGCCCUCUUCGACAAGGGCGAGGCGGAAUGGAACGCCAUCAUCAGGCCCUUCAACGAGACGCUCAAUACCCGCUUCAAGGGCCAGGCUAAGCUCAUCGCAAUUACCCAGGAGUACAACUCCUACAACGACUGGCUUCAGGUCGUCGCAGACAGAAACCCUGCUGGUGUCAAUGCCUGGAUGGCCUCUCGCCUCCUGGACAAGGAAGCCCUUAGCAACCAGGAAGUCAUGGGCAAGACUCUAUGGAGUGCCGGAUCGAACCCCGAUGCCUCGUCUGUCUUCUUCUUCCUCGUUGGCGGUAAGGGCGUCGCGGCUAACAAGGGCCUCAACGCUGUCAACCCGGCCUGGCGCAGCGCCUACGUACACACAAUUACUGUGUCUGGAUUUGCUCCGCUCAACGAGACGGCUGCCAAACACUCUGCCGAUGUUGUUGACUCCCUCUACCAGCCUCUUCGGGAUCUCACACCCAACGGCGGCGCCUACAUCAACGAGGCCUUCCACUUUGAGAAGAACUGGCAAAAGACAUUUUGGGGUGACAACUACGAUCGCCUACUGCAAAUUAAGCGUCGCGUUGACCCCGACGACGUCUUCUGGUGUGCGCCGUGCGUUGGUAAUGAGCGUUGGCAGCAGGACAAGACGGGCAAGCUUUGCCGUGUAUAAAUGACAAGACAACACAUUAGAACUUUUGGGUAUAUAUAAUCACUUCUUUUUAUUGCAUUAAAUUCAUCAAAUCUAUCAUCCGCCUCUUUUCGUUCGUGUUGCGCGCGCCGACCGCUUGCCUGGCCGAGCCGUAUAUAUCGGCCGUCAAAAGUCCGGACAGCCUAGUAACAUAUAUACGACACGCAAGUUGAAUUCUAUGGGUAUGGGGUUUUGAGGGGUUUUCCGGUUUUGCUCUUCUCUAUAAUAUAUCCCGAAAUCCGACCAAUCUUUGCUGCUGCUGCUAUGCUAGUGCGGAUAAAACCACUUUACUCGAGCUCGAUGGUGCCGGGGGGCUUGGAGGUGAUGUCGUAGACGACACGGCAGAC